AGCGGUACCUGAGGAAUCCUGUCCCUCGCGGCGCGCCGUCCACCCGUGAGCGCCUGCGCAGGGCCGGCGCGGAACAGGCGGGCAUGGCGUUCCGACAGGCGCUGCAGCUGGCGGCCUGCGGCCUGGCCGGAGGCUCGGCCGCCGUGCUCUUCUCGGCGGUGGCGGUGGGGAAGCCCCGCGCGGGCGGGGACGCGGAGCCGCGCGUGGUCGAGGCGCCGGCGUGGGCGGGGUCCGCGCGCCCCGGGCCGGGCGUCUGGGACCCUAACUGGGACAGGCGAGAACCACUGUCCCUGGUCAACCUGCGGAAGAGGAACCUGGACUCUGGAGAAGAAGAACUGGCGUCCAGGCUGGACCACUGCAAAGCCAAGGCCACACGACACAUCUUCCUCAUCAGGCACUCCCAGUACCACGUGGAUGCCUCCCUGGAAAAGGACCGCACUCUGACGCCCCUGGGUCGUGAACAGGCCGAACUAACCGGGCUCCGACUUGCAAGCCUGGGGUUGAAGUUUAAUAAAAUUGUCCAUUCGUCCAUGACCCGUGCGAUAGAAACCACUGAUAUCAUCAGCAAACACCUGCCAGGAGUCUGCAAGGUCAGCACAGACCUGCUGAGAGAGGGCGCCCCCAUCGAGCCCGACCCUCCUGUGUCCCACUGGAAGCCGGAGGCUGUGCAGUAUUACGAAGACGGAGCCCGGAUCGAGGCCGCCUUCCGGAACUACAUCCACCGGGCAGACGCUAAGCAGCAGGAGGACAGUUACGAGAUCUUCAUCUGCCACGCCAAUGUCAUCCGCUACAUCGUGUGCCGGAUCACGGACUGGCGAAUCUGUGUUUGGCACUGUGGGCUGUGACCCAUCACCAUGCUGGUCAUUUCGCUGCUCUGGCUCCUGGGCCCCUGGAAGGAGGCUGCUGUGUCCUCUGGACCUACCUCACUUCCCGGCACUAACGCAGCUUCCAGAGCCCCCACGAGUGACACCUGCCCUGAGUUACAGACGUGGGCCAGGGGGCUGGAGGCAGCUGGCCCGCUGAGUGCUAUGUAUUUGACCGAAGCCCAGUACAAAAUCUGGAAGGGCCGAGACCCCAGCCACCCUCUGGAUCCAUUAGGAAGCAUGUGUCGGGCGUCUUAACAGCUGAGGGGUUUCCCCUUCCUGCGCGACAUGUCUCUCAGUGGCAGGACAGGACACAGCCUGCUGGCUGGCCUGUGGCACUGUCCAAGUCCAGACUCAGGGUCCCUGCUCACUGGGCUUGACCCUUGGGCCUGGCGUCAGGGCUGGGGGCGGGGGGCACGCGCUUCCCCUCCAGGAUCACGUGCACAGCCUCUGGUGAGAAGCCCAGGAUAUCCGAGGCGGGGUCUCGGGGAGCCAGGAGCCAGGCUUCUCAGGUGCUCACAGGGCUCUAGGCCAGGUGGAGUGGCUGCUGGGGAAGAGGCGUGGGCCUCGGACGGGGCUCCACACCCUCCAAAUAAGCGCUCCCGGAAAGCCGACCUCAGUGCUCCUGCGCUCGGUGCACACUGUCCCGGUUUGCUGCUCUGGGCAUCUUGCGUAUGGCAACACCAUGUUAGAACACACCCUGGGACAGGCUGACCUAAGCAGCCACUAGAAGGGACUCCCAUGCUGAGAACACCAGAAGAGUUUGGGGACUUGGAGUAGAGGUGACCUGUGUGCCAUAAAGGGCUAGAAGGAGCCAGAGCAUCCCCGUCACGAUACAUGAGGAUGCUCUGGAAAUGGUGAGGGAGAGAAGACUUUAAAAAGCAGCAUGAAGGUAGUUGUUCCCGAGAUUGCAGGGUGAGCCGUGGGGAUGCCCCUCGUCCAUGUAGACAUUUAGGGCACAAAGGACGUCUGAUGACUUGGGGGAGCCGUAAUGGUACUGGGCUUUUUGGCAAAUACUGCGCCUAGAAUGUGCGUCUGAGAGCAAGGAAAGGCUCUGGGGCCCCGUUCCUAGGGGAGAGUGGGUUGGGAGCGGGUCUGCUCCAUCGCCCGGCCCGGCUGCCCUUGCCCCCUUUUGGUGACACUGGAAGUUCAACCCCAUGCCCUUGUAAGAAGCUGGGGAUUUCUGACCCACACGCUUGAGUUGGGUGGAUCCCCUGACCCAAAGAGGGGCUGGGCCGCCACCGCGCCCCUUAUUUGGAUGGGAUGGCAUCAGCCCAGCAGCUCCUUUCUGAGAAAACCCUUGCUUGAAAACCUUACCUAUAUGGGUCCCAGCCCCAAGAAAGUCUGCUCCAAGUUCUUAACAGGGGUUGGGGACCGUUAGCGUUGUCCCAACCCCAGCCCGUUUUGGUGGCAGAGCCCCCUGUUCUAGCAUGUUCUUUCUCUUCCCAGGGCGCUGCAGUUCCCUCCAGAAGGCUGGCUCCGCCUGUCACUCAACAAUGGCAGCAUUACCCACCUGG